UAUGUGUAUAUACAGAAUAUCUGAUGACAUAUACAACUCUCGUAUACGUGUAGAUUAAAUCAAACUGAACAAGUAUUCCUCUAAUAUUUUGCGAAUAAUCACGUAAAAUGUUUAGUUAUUAAUUGAAGAAGAUUAGCGAUUGAUUACGCGAAAUAUGGUGCAGAAUAAUUUCAGGUUUUCUAGCAAUUGUAAAUUCCUGCAUCCUGUCUCUGUGAAAGCGAUAUAAUUUAGAGAACCUAGAAUAUCUAACGUGGCAAUAUAUCGAUGUAUCCAAUAAUCAACACAUUUGAAGAACACAAAAGUAAUUGGAUCGAAAUCGGUCAAGUCAAAAAACUACAAGUAUAUCCAUUGACAUCGUGCCAUCCUAUAAAUGCUAAAGAAAUUAUGAUUGGCUACAAUGGAAUAACUUUCAAUGAAAAUCUUUGGGAUGAAAUGUUCGUAAUAUAUAAUAACACGAGUAAAUGCGUCUACAAUAACAAUGCUACCUAUUUAUCGAAAAUAACAGUGAAAUAUGUAGAAAAUGACAAAUUGGAGUUAUCAAAAUUCGAAUUGAAGUUAACUCUGAACCUGAAUAAAAUACAACAAAACGAACAAGUAAUAUGCACACAGUUGAUAAAUAGUAAAUACAUAAGGAAAAAGAUGUACUACGAUUGCGGCGAUGGCGCCGCCGAUUGGUUAGAUCAAUAUCUAAAAAAUACAUCUGAGAAUUACUGUCCAAAAAAUGUACGUUUAGGAUUUUCGCACCCACUCGCAAUUACCUUGAAAUUAGAGGACUAUAUUCAAUGGUUAUACAUGCCGGAAUAUGACGAGAUAAAAAGACAGAAUUUGCCAAUCUCACCAUCUUGUAAGGUGAUGUCACAAGAAUCCUUCUUAGAGGUAAAGAAAAAUUUGAAGGACUACAUCGAAAUGAGCGACUUUAGUCCGAAUAUUAUUAUCACAACCAAGAUUCCUUUCAAGGAGGACGAAAUGGAUUUGUUUAAGAUAGGGGACUCGGUUAUAAAGACUAUUAGACCACGUCUGAAAUCCAGAAAUGAAGCAAUAUUUCAUGUCCCCACAGACAUGAGAGUACAUUUGUUAUCACUACAUUGCGAAACAUUCAUACCAGGAAUAGUAAAAGUUGCAGAUAAGGUAUACACGGCAUAUCCGGACGAAGUGCUUCGGAAUAAAUGGUCCUCCACUGGCAACAGUAUAUGACUCAACGCGAAAAAAUUAAAGAAAUUAAAUAGAAGGUUUUUCAAUGAAAUUGUAGCGCCCCAGUUUGUCAUAAUUGUAAGUGACAGUAAACGAUAUAAGAAUAUUGAUAUUUUAUAAUAAAUAUAAUAUAAUGUGUAAUAAAUAUAUAUAUAUAAUAACGUGUAAUAAAUAUAAUAUAACUUUCUUGUAACUUCCAUUGCAAUUGCAAUGUCGGAUAUUCUAUAUGUUAACAUUUAGGUACCUAUCAUAACGAGUUACUGUCUUAACGUAGACUUGCAAGUAUUGACUCAUAAUCGUAAUUAUAUCAACUGUAAAUUUUAAGAAACGUUCAAACAAGUGUACACAGUUAAUGGUAAAUUUGUUAGAUUUUCAAUAAAGUAUUGUAACUAAUAGUCAA